AGACCGUAACCAGAUGCCAUCGUUUGUGUUGGAUUGUGAAAUUUGGAGGGGUUGAGGUUGUCGAUGUGAUGUUCAACUACAAGUAACAAUUCACGCUAGCCAUACAAGGGUGGUAUGCAUUAGUGCCUCCAAUACUAGGCAAAAGUGUUCCAUGGGAGCUCCCACCUGCGAUUCCGACAACAUCAUUUAUUUGAUACAACAAAACUCAAUACUUUUGGGUAACACGAUAUAAGGGCAGCAAUGUCAACCCCAGAUUUGGAGCCUGCGACGGUUCUCUGGUUAGCUAUAGAAUUUACAACAAAAGGAGAUUUAAGACUUCUACGAAUUCUUGUAUCGCGAUAUCGAAAUGUCCUACGGAAUGAGCUCCUCUUGCGCAUACUUCUUACCCAUCUACCAGAGUGUUUGGAAGCUUUCAAAUAUGUGCCAUUUCUACAGGAUCUCGCAUCAGGAAAAAUGAUCGACGAUUCUCAAGAUCCCAUUGAUUUGAGCGCAAUGAAGGGUAUAAACCCCGCAGAAGUAAAUAAGAAAGCCCGGAAACUACGCCUUCUUCCUCUACGAUGGAAAGAUGCGCCGUUGGAUGUUCCCGAUGACCACUUGAUUUUGUUCUUGAUGCAACGAGCAUUACUAGUCGACGAAAACACUGGCCUACUCAGUGAAGUCCUAAUAUUACUGACUCCGUUCUUAAGCUAUUCAUCAUAUCUACAAACCUGGACAAUUUCCACCAUUUUACCCCUCCUACGUCUCAAUUACGAAUACUACUCGGGUGCUCAGCCAAUCCUCACCAUUCGCGAGUUUGAAGCUUUAGACGAUAGUAAAGGAACAAAGUAUUUGCUCUCAAAGACCGGAAAGGAUUUAGAUACAUUGACGGAGGAGAAUAAGUCCGUGGGACGGGACUUGCGUGGAUUGACUGGCCCAUGGCUCUAUGGAGAUAAUAGAUGGAAGAGAAGAAAAGUUCAGGGCGAAUCUACAGCGCAGUCUCAAGCAGCUGUAUCAUUGGAACAAGCAGGCAUGAUAAAUCAUAAAUAUGCUGGCUGGGAAUUGGUAUUUGCAUGGAUUAUCGCUGAAGCAGGUAUAUCUUGGCCAACGGCUGUCAAGGCUGUUGAACAAUGGGAUGGACCAGGAGACGUAGAUCUAGGAGGUUUUGAUGAUGGAACGGAAUGGCUGGACGAAGAAGAUCAACGCCACUUAGAACAACGAUACGCAAAAGCGGCUCUUGCGACAGCUUAUCUUAUCCCUGAAAGCUCCAUUGAGGCUUUGACGGGUGUUCAUCGAAUCCUUUCCAGGAUUCUUACAUUACUUGAAAUAGAUAAGAUGCCUACAUUGGAAGCAGCUGCUAGCCUAUUAACCCCUAUACCUAUCCUGGAAAGAAGUCGUUUAUCCAUGAGGAACGCGAAAUAUCUUCGGAAUAACCAUUUAGAAGAGAAAAAUGCUUUGACAAACCCAAAUGAACCAUCCAUCCAUUUACUACGAGCAUUACUUAUUAGUGCAUAUCUUCUUACCAGGGUUGGGGAGGGAUGCAAUGUUCAGAGAGCUGGCGAGCUUGCUUUGCUUCAAGAUGAACGCGAGCAAAUGAUGACUUUCAGGGGAUUUCUCACCUCGUUUAGUCAUCCUCCCGGUACCGAUGAUCGAUUUUGGAUCAGGAUGAGAAAUGAAUUGCUAUGGUUAAGGGACUGGGGAGCCGAGAAACUUGAGGAUACCACCGAUCCCGGUCGUGGUAGGGGUGUCUUCGGUCGGGUUCACAAAGAGCUUAUCGAGGUAGAAUUCUUCAAGCUUCUUCUUGUCAACAGCCGUAUGUAAACUCAUCCAGUUCCGUAUCUGCCAUUUCAGUUAUUGACCGUCUCAUCUAGGAUAUACACUCGCCAAAUCUAUCUAUGAAACUUCACCAGAGAAACCUCUACCAAGAGAGUAUUUGCAACAUGCCAUCUUGACCGCGGCCGAGAAUGCCUACGAUAAUGCCACAAAUCCUAACAAGUCUAGAGGUGGCGUUAAGAAAUGUGAGGAGAUGUAAGUGUUUUCUACACUUUUGCGCAUUCCCUUUAAGCAUUUAUCAAUUGUCUUUCAACCAUCACAUCAACGAAAGUAGAUUUUUUAUAUUGGUCAACACUUUCAUUGAUGUUGACAUAAAAAGCUCAGUCCAUGGUCAUGACUCAGAACCUUCGAUAGAAUGUCUGGCUCAGCUAUUCAUAUUUUAGACUAAUUGAAUGUGGGGAUUGAUGAGAGGAUUGCUUUCAGGGAUCUGGCGUCAGCAGGACGCUUUACGCGCACUCUUUUUCUUGAUCAAAAUGCUAACUUAUUCCGUUAGUCUUAAUGCAUUUCCCGAUACAUUAAGCGACCACCACCAAACUCAAGAACUGCACAAUCUUGUUCUCGUUACGGACGAAAUAGGUCGUUACAGCUUGGUUCUGAAACAAGGACAACCUUUCUUACCAGUCAAUCUACGUGUAAAUAGUGACCCCCUGUCAAUCUUGAACAAGAUACUCGAACAGAACGACAAAAGCUAUACACAAAUCAACGAGUUUAUUCGCAUGGCUCGAGAAAUGGUUAAGGCAGGUCUAACCAUACCAGUUCCAGCCGGAUACCCUGUAACUCCUGAUUUGAAAUUCAAAAUUGCCGAAAAGCGUGUAAUCAGUAUGUGUAUUGAUAUUGCUCUUGCGGAAGAUGAUUUCGAAACAGCUUAUUCCUAUGUUGUCACCCGUCUUAAGGCUAUUGGCCGUCAAGCUCAUACUCGCAUGCCAGAACUUGAGCGGAAGAGUACGGGAUGCAUUGGUCAACGCUCACCUAAGCCCAUUGAUGAUUGGUCGUGGCGUGCAGCUUUACAAGCAGGUAAAUAUCGUCGAAAUGCUCAAACGACACGAGCCACUCAUCUUGGCAAUACUAGUGGAAAUCCAGAGAUUAGACAUCUGCAACAGAGAAUGGAUUGCUUGGCCCAAGCUCUACGGAUGGCGCCAAGGGAUACUUUGCAGGAGGUCUUGAAUGCAUAUCGCAGAUGUGAGGAAGAGCUCGAUACACAGAUCAAGCAAGAAGCAGAGCAGGAAGAAGCGUGGGAUGAGGAGAGUCACCAGCUGCCUAAUUCCGUAAGACUCCUUGCUGACGAGUUGUUAAACUCUGUAAGCUUUGCUCGAUUCUUGAUUUAAAUCGUCUUGAAUUGGAUUUCGGGAGUACAUAUCUUGCUGCUCAAGAACUGAACGCAGAAGCUUGGCUGGGUUCUUAAUCUGUCACAUUGACUUGUGCAACGGUGAGGUUGAAAACAAGGUAAAAGAUGAAAAUAUUCAUAAAUGAACUAAGAUAUUGAAUAUAAUAUUUUUGUACAAACUUGGCUUAUUCGUGAAUACUCUAGAUCAUUUACGAAAUAACCUCAUUAUUACUUGAACUAGAUAGGUGUAUUGGAUAAUGAGCUAGUUCAUUCAAAAAUGAAAUGCAGUUCAUUAACCAUUCAAUUAAUCACGUUGAUUGGCGAAUCCCGAAAUUGGCCAAAAUGCCCCGGAACAAAGUAUAUAAUUUAUCAUGAUCAAUAUUCUUCAUUGUUGCUGACUCUUCUAAUGGAAGAAGAUAAUAGAUUGUUCUUGAAGUCGGGGUAUUAUUUCUAA